AUGCGCAUGCGUUGUUAUCCCCGUAUUAAUAUCUGUUUGUCUAAGUUCCUUUUCUUUCUUUCUUUCUUUCUUUCUUUCUUUCUUUCUUUCUUUGUUGAUGCAACAGUAAAGUUAUACUCGCUUCUUCUGUUCAUCUAUGUAUCUCUCUUUCUUUCUUUCUUUCUUUCUUUCUUUCUUUCUUUUCUCUUGCCCUAUCCGUCUCCCUAUUUUGAUCUCCAUCUGUCACUCUCUUUUGCUUUCCACUCCUCUCCAUUUCUUUCCCUCUCCGCCCCUCUUUCACCGUCUCUGUCUUUUUUCACUCUUCACCUUUCUCUUGUCUCCACUCCUCUCGCCACACCUCCUCUCUUCCACCCCCUCUCCCUCCCUAUCUCUUCCUUUAACACGCGCACGGAAAACGUUUUUUCGACUAUACUUUCAUUUUUUUGUAUAUUUAUAUUUUUUCCGUCUUUUUUCGGAAAUAUCAUUUUCAUUUUUUAUGGAAUGUUUCCUUCGUCUACCUCCAUUCACUUUUUCCUUGCUGAAUUUCUUGCUGCUCCUUUAUUUAUCGGCAGUUUAUUUAUUGCUUUAACAAAAGCAACAUUUUAA